AUGGAUCAUAAGUUCUUUUGCCUUUCUGCACUUUUUUGCACAAUCUGCUUAUCUUCAGCCAUUAAUGCCAGACCCGAUUACAGUUACCCUGAUAAACCGGCUGAUAAUGGAAUGUUGAGUUACAGUUUUUAUGAUAAAUCUUGCCCUAAUUUGAACAUGAUAGUGAGGUCGGGUUUUUGGGCUGCAUACAAAAAUGACGCCAGAAUUGCAGCAUCCCUCCUUCGUUUGCACUUUCAUGAUUGUUUUGUAAAUGGAUGUGAUGCUUCUAUACUUCUUGAUGACACUAAAGAUUUCAAAGGGGAGAAGAAUGCUUCACCUAAUCGCAAUUCAGCUCGAGGAUUUGAAGUUAUUGAGAGCAUAAAAGCAGAUUUAGAAAAAGCUUGCCCGAACAUUGUAUCGUGUGUUGACAUAUUGGUUCUUGCUGCAAGAGAGGCGGUUGUUAUGUCUGGUGGACCAAAUUGGCCUAUUUCAUUGGGUAGAAGAGAUGGAGUAACUGCAAGUGAGAAAGCAGCAAAUGAGCAGUUGCCAUCACCUUUUGAGCCACUGGAAAAUAUAACUGCCAAAUUUGUAUCUAAUGGUCUUGAUGUCAAGGACGUGGUUGUCCUUUCAGGAGGACAUACUAUAGGUUUUGCUCAGUGUUUCACAUUCAAGAGAAGACUCUUCAACUUCAAAGGCACCGGCAACCCAGACCCAACACUUGAUUCUUCGUUACUCUCAAACUUACAAAACUUCUGUCCAAACGUUGAUGGAUCAAACAACAAAACUGCUCCACUGGACUCUCAAUCUGUGUACAGAUUUGACAAUAUGUAUUACAAGAACAUCGUCAACAAUGGAGGCCUUCUUGAAUCUGAUCAAGCUUUGAUUGGGGACCAAAAAACUGCAGCCAUGGUUAAGGAUUACAGCGCAGACCCGUUUCUGUUUUCAAGGGAUUUUGCUGCAUCAAUGGUGAAGCUUGGGAAUAUUGGCGUGUUAACGGGACAGGCAGGGCAAAUCAGAAAAAAAUGUGCCUCUGUCAACUAG